UUUACCCCGUGUUUUGUACGUGGAGUGUUUCUAAUAAUUUUGUGCUCUUUCGCAGCGUAUCGUAUGUUUUGUGUUCUGGUUGGAACGUUGCAGCAAUAGAAGGCAGUCAGGUUGAUAUUUGCUUACGCCAUGGGGAAAUUAGGCGUCCUGCAGGCACUAACCGGGCACGAUGGGCGCGUGUGGAGUGCUUCCUGGCAUCCAGACGGAGCGGCCCUGGCUUCCUGCGGCGAGGAUAAAACCAUACGUAUCUGGACGCGAAGCAGCAACGAAUGGGUCGCGCAAACCGUGCUGGCAGAGGGCCAUUCGCGGACGAUCCGGGACGUGGCGUGGUCCUUCUGCGGGCAGUACCUCGCAUCCGCCAGCUUUGACACAACCGUGGCCAUUUGGGAUAAAAAGUCAGGCGAGUUUGAGUGCAAUGCCACGCUCGAGGGUCAUGAUAAUGAAGUGAAGAGUGUCACUUGGUCCCGGAACGGCAACCUGUUGGCCACAUGCAGCAGGGACAAGUCUGUGUGGGUCUGGGAAAUACACAACUACCUGGACCAGGAAGACGAGUACGAAUGCGUUGCCGUGCUGAACGCGCACACCCAGGAUGUGAAGAAGGUGUGCUGGCACCCUCACCGGGACAUGCUGGCGUCUGCAAGUUACGACAACUCGAUACGGCUGUACAAGCAGGACGCAAUCGACAACGAGUGGGGUCCGUGCGGAUUAUUGGACUCACACACGUCAACUGCCUGGAGCAUAUCGUUUGAUGGUACCGGCAAACGGCUUGCCUCUUGCAGCGAGGACACGACGGUAAAAAUCUGGCAGGAGUUCGAUCCGGACAACGAGCACGAUAUUGCCUGCCCGGACGGCGUGCCAGUGUGGAAAUGUGUCUGUACCCUUUCCGGCGCCCACUCCCACUCUGUGUACGAUGUGGAUUGGUGUAAAAAAACUGGCCUGCUAGCGACGGCCUGUCGCGACAACAUGAUAAGAAUUUUCAAGGAAGUACGACCCGAUUCGGGCGUUAGUCCCCUUCGGGAACCCACAUUUGAGUUGGUAGCGACGGGCUAUACCCACACGCAGGAUGUGAACAAAGUGUCGUGGAACCCAGCGGCGGCGGGUAUGCUACUGUCCGCCGGGGACGACGGCACUAUAGUUAUAUGGCAGUACGAAGAUGACGAUUAACGAUGAAGGGUGUGUUUAUGCUUCGGUCGGGAUAAUAACACUCUAGUAGAGGACAAACGAAGUGAUUCCGACGGUCCGCCCUCGGUUCACUAGUAUCGUGUACGGCAGAGGGCCGGCAGAUUAUGAGUACGAAAUUCGCUUUUCAUAGUAACCAGCCAGGUUAAUAAACUGAGAGGUUGUUUCC